AGGCUCCGCCCCACCAGGAACUGAACUGCCAGUCACAACAUUGCUUUCGCUUCUGAUAUCUUUGUCACAUAAAGACGACGACAUGCGAAUUUUGUAGAUUCGUCACUAAUUGAUUCAUUAAUUGAGUCAUGCAAUGACCUAACACGUAUGAUGUCAUUUUCCACAACUUAAUCGCGGUCAAGAACCAAGAGAGCGAGUGCGGUCUGUUUAAUUUGCUAGUUAAACAUUGCGACAGGUUGCUAACCCCCCUCUCCAAUUCUCCAUUGACUUCCUGAACGAAGAAAUCCGCUGAGAAGAUGGACGAUCGAGAGAGGACUCCGCUCGAGGUGUUGCUGACGUGCCCGGUGUGCCAGGACCUCUUUACCGAGCCGCGCCAACUGCAGUGCGGCCACAGCAUCUGCAUGUCGUGUCUGGAGAGCAUGGUGGGCCACUCCACGGAGCUGCCCUUCCGCUGCCCGGACUGCAGGGCCUAUUUCGGGAAGAUCGUGGAGGUCCAGAAGAGUUACGCGUUGGCUAGCAUCGUUGACGACUUCAAGGAGACCUUGAAGCAGAUGGAGAAAAAGGCCGCAAAGGUGUACUGCGAUUGUUGCCCCGACGACGACAACGACGACGACAAGCCUCUGGCGGUGAAGACAUGUCUGAAGUGCGAGGUGUCUCUGUGCAGCGAGCAUGUCCAGACGCACCUGGAGCGCCGGGCCUUCGCGGCCCACCUCCUGGUGCCCCCGCUGGCCGACCUGCCCGACAGGAAGUGCCCGCAACACGAGGACCAGGUGCUGCGCUACUAUUGCCCCACAUCGCGGCGCUACGUGUGCAGCGCCUGCACACUGGAGGGCAAGCGGAGCGCGCUAGUGACGGACGCGGCCAGCGCCCUCGGCAGGAGGAUGACGGAGUAUAUGGAUCAACGUUUUCAAAUGAUCGAGGGUCAAAUCAACAAGCUACAGGACGACAUUGACAAUGACAAAGUGAAACGCAAGCCGGGAGAUUCUUCCCUCAACAGCGUGACCGUGAUCCUGCUCUGCCUCUGGAUCAUCGUAGUGUACUACUCGUAUAGUUUCUCAGUGGACAACCAGACGCUCACAGACACCGUGAAGAGCCAGCAGGCACGUCUGCAUGACAUCUACUCCACCGUCGCAGAACUCUUCGUGGAAAAUCCUCUGCAUCUUCGCAGAGACCCUGAGAAUGAAGCUCAAGGUAAGACAAGUCAAGAAGUUCCUCUCACGCUGGACCUGGGCACCGCCAAUCCUCACAUCUGGGUGUCCGGGGACCUGCGGUCUGCGCAGCUGGUGAUGACCCAUCUCGACUACCCCGUCCUCGACACCCGCUUCGACGACAUCUCCCAGAUCCUCUCCAUCCAGUGCUUUGGCGCCGGGAACCACACGUGGAUGGUGGAGGCCGAGGGGCACUGGGAGGUCGCCGUGACCCACAAGGGCAUCCCACGCAAGGGCAGCAGCGCCUUCGGAGAUGACUCGCGGUCCUGGAGCCUCGUGCGUGAGGGCGACGGGGAACCGCUGUACGCCGUGCACAGGCGGGUCCGGACCAGGCUGACCGCGGCCUCGAAGUCCAAGCGCAUGGCCGUCGCCGUGGACUUUCGGAAGGGAUCCAUCACCUUCUCCGGGGUUGGAGCCAAUGGGGGUUUCACCAGGCUGCACGAGUUCCACGCCCAGAUGACGGAGCCUGUGUGCCUGGGGCUGGGGCUGGGGCUUUACAGUUUAGACCCCCACAGCAGAGCUAGGAUCCUGGGAGCCACCUCGGACAACCAGCCACGACACCGGGUAGCCAACGUGCAGCCAUGAUGGGACUCAGGAGGGUGUCGCCCCCUAGUGGUUCUCGAUGAAUUCAUCAUGAAGGUUGCAGUUCUCCAGUCAGGGAGAGUUGAAUGUAUUACCUCGUGAAUAUGAAGUAUAUCCGGAUUACCAACAGACUAUGACUGGACAUUAGCACAGCGAUCUUUACAGCACGGGUAUUGCUUGGAUUUUAUUUGCAGGAACUGCUCUAUUUGUGGAUAUGAACAAAACUGUUCAAAAGAGUGUUGGCACAGAUUAAGGUUGAGGAAUAUUUUUGUUUAUUUGAUUUUGAUCUUUUACUUCAAAUUGAUAUUUGAAGCAAUGAUAUUUUUUCUCAGGGAUUUCUUUAGUAUUUGUAAAGAAUAUCUAAAAGAUGAAUCACUUUUGAUAAGACGCUAUGACAGCGUUAGGAUAACUUGUUUUCUGAACUUGACUUGAGAUACAAUAUGAACAUUGUUCUGAACGUAAUUAAGUGCACAAACAAAAUGCAUCCUUUCACAGUUCAAUAACAGUCUUGGCUAUCAAUUUUAAUUUGGGCUGCCCCUCCAUCAGCAAGAAAUGUUUUGCAUACAGGAAGUUCUUGAUGUACUUCCACUUCCUGUCCACCUGGGUUUUAGGACUAAUGUUCACUUUUAAACAGUAAAAAAAGAACUGGGGGAAUUUGUACAGCUGUUAAACAAAAAAUUACAUUUGAAAAGACAAAUGAAUACUAUUAAAGAUAACUAAAUGUCUAAACUUA